AUGGAGACACAGACGGGUGUUUGGCUCCUGGCAGCGCUGCUGAACGUUUCUUUAGCAGAAGAUAAAUACGUCGCUGUUGGUGGUAAACUGGAGCUGAGGCCUAAACCACCAUCAGCAGCAGCCAUCAGCAACAUCCUGUGGAAACACAACGGUAAUCUGGUGGCAGAGUGGGCACAGGGAGCGGUUGAGCUGACACAUUACGGGUCGUUUAAAAGCCGCACAACACUGGACAUAAACGCUGGAGGUUUGGAAAUCAACAACAUGGUAGAAGCUGACGCGGGGCUGUACACAGUGGAAAUCAACAGCCAUGUCCAGAGUCCGAGCUAUGAUGUUAAAAUGAUCAAAGAAGUGCCCGAGCCUGAGGUAUGGAUGCGAUUACUGACAUGUGCCGCUGAUUCAGAAGAGUGCACGCUGUCCUGUGAUGGAGACACUGCAGGGGCCGAACCUGUGACCUACAGCUGGAAGGAGGGAGACGGAGACUGGAAGGAGUCGGGAAAGAUCAUGAAAAUCACCAGGAGUCAGACAGCUGUUAAAAUCUUCUCCUGCAAGAUAAAGAACCCGGUCAGUGAGAAAGAAAGUGAACCUGAACCCAACCCGUUCUUCCAAAGAAAACUUCCAGACUGCCUCUGGACUAAAGUUUUAGGGGCUGUGAUGAGAUCCUUGGCAAUCGUGGCACUCUUUGUGACUGUUGUGUUCUUCUGUUAUCUGAACCGAGAGACCGUCAGGAAGCUGAUCUGUCCAUGUCAACGUGGAAAAGGUGACGAUAACGCAGCUCGAGGUGGACGAUCACCUCCACUUCCUGAUAGAGAUUAAAGCACGUCAGCCCUGCAGCCACUUCAGACUGUGCCACAUAUAACCAUCUCCCAGGUGAAGUUCAGUCUUCAGACAAACACAAAUGCUCCUGCUCUGUGUUUUUACUGUU